CCAAUAAACUUUUUCACACUCGUCGCUCGAUCAAAAGUUGUCUUUCCGAAUCAACUAAAAACUAUCUUCUCUCCGCACGCAACUCCACCUCCCUUCCUCCUCUCUCUGUCUAAAAACCAAAACAGAAGAAAACAGAGGAAAUAGGCCAAAGUAGAUCAAUCAAGCAGAGUAAUGGCGAACGAUAACGAGCCCGCGAAGCUUCUGUUGCCGUACCUGCAACGAGCCGAUGAGCUGCAAAAACACGAACCUUUGGUCUCUUAUUACUGUCGAUUGUAUGCAAUGGAAAAAGGGUUGAAGAUUCCACAGAACGAGCGGACCAAGACCACCAAUUCUCUCCUUAUUUCCCUUAUGAAUCAACUUGAAAAGGAUAAGAAGUCACUGAAAUUGGGGCCUGACGACAAUUUGCACCUGGAGGGAUUUGCACUAAGUGUAUUUGGGAAGGCAGACAAGCAAGAUCGUGCUGGACGAGCAGAUUUGAAUACUGCAAAAACAUUUUAUGCAGCAAGCAUUUUCUUUGAGAUUCUAAACCAAUUUGGCCCUCUUCAGUCUGAUCUGGAGCAGAAGCAGAAGUAUGCAGUUUGGAAAGCUGCAGAUAUAAGGAAAGCAUUGAAAGAAGGAAGGAAGCCCACUCCUGGUCCUCCUGAUGGUGAUGAAGAUUUGUCAGUUCCAUCAACUGCACAUGGUGGUGGUUAUGAUCUUGGGCCUACUGAAACUGUGGCAACUAGUCCUCGACCAGAAUCUGAUCAGUCAUCACGCUUCCAUGAUCAAGUCAAUGACCAGCACUACACAAGUAUACCACCAUCAAGCCAGCUCCAUGAGAAGGUUAACAAUCAGCAUUCUGCACACAUUGCAUCACAGCCUCAGUUCGAUGACUCUGUUAACAACCACCAUAGUACAUCACCUCCUUAUCCUUCUGCUGGUUAUCCUUCCCACGAUUUCCAUCCACCUCCUCCAGCCAGCAGGUCAGAGAAUGAUUCAUAUUCUCAGCCUUACCACCAUCAAUCCUACUCACAAGAUCUUCACCAGCAUGUGCCACAUAAUUAUUCACCUCAUGACACCCCCUCCUACUCAUAUCCCAACUUCCAGUCGUAUCCUGGUUUCACAGAGAGCAGUCUCCCAUCAGUCCCAUCACACUAUCCUUCUUAUUAUCAAGGCUCGGAUUCUUCCUUUGUUCCACAAUCAGCUCCUCCUACUAGCUAUCCUUCAAGUGCCCAAUACACUUCCACAAAUAGAAAUGGGACUGACUUGGAUCCUGCCCCUACUUCCACUCAGUCAUACCAAUAUGACAGCAAUUACCAGCCUCCACCUGAAAAAAUUGCUGAGGCACACAAGGCUGCAAGAUUUGCAGUUGGAGCCUUGGCAUUUGAUGAUGUGUCCGUUGCAGUAGACUACCUGAGGAAAUCACUUGAACUUCUGACGAAUCCAUCGGCUAGUCAGUAAGUUAUUUUCAUGGAAUCGGAUUUUUCUGGUGCUUCUGUCAUUUGGACUUUGGCUUUUGAAUGGUUUGGUAUGUAAAGUGAUUGGAUAUUUGCAACAGAAGAGCUAUAAUUGACCAUUUUGACAUAUUGAUGUGAAUGGAAGUUAUUGAUAUUAAAUUUUAA